UAUUACAUAGCGUGUUUUAAGGCUGUUUUUAUUUGUCAGGGGAGAGUAUCUUAAGGUCAAGGAAACACUUUCUCACCAAACCAAAGGCUCUCUAUUUAUAAAGACAGAUACAUGACACGAGCUUACUGUACACAAGUUGCCACAUCGUUUGUUCCUUUUUGUUUGUUUGUAUAACGUCUUCUAGUAAACACCAGCAAAAAACAACAACAACAACAACAACAACACUAUUUCUACAAGUUCUUACUCUCUGAAGACUGAGGAGUGGACAGCUCUUGUUUAGUUAUAUAGCCAGAACAAGUCAUUAGAAAAUGUUUUUACAAAUCUUUCUUGCUGUCACGCUGGUGCAGUAUGUCAGCUCUCAAUGCACCUAUUCCUCAUGGUGGUACAGUUUUGAUACUCCUGGACAGUCUAAAUGUAAUGAGAUUAAUUAUUACAUAAAUGCACUGGACAGAAAUGACGUGAACUUGGUAGACGACCCACUUAGUAACUUAGAAGGUGUUCAAUGUUGCCGACCACCAGCUCCUUGGAAUAGUGUGGAACAGCAUGUAAUCUAUGAGAAUUGGUCUACCACUUUGGACUCUGAUUACACCUGGGCAUUUUGUCGUGUAGGCUACUUCCUUCAAGGCUUGUACAGGUCUGAUACUGGAUGGCCAAGAUUUAAAGGCUAUCUUUUCAAUCUCGAGAGCGCAAGAUGCACUAAGCCAGCCAAUCAUCCAUUGAAUUAUGGAACCUGUGAAGACGUUGACAUAAGUAGCUGUAUGAGUCAAAAGGGUCAAUGUUCAUGUCCAAGGGGAUAUUUUCUGACCGGACUGUACCGAGCUGACGGAGAUGACCUUUACUUUUUGAAAAAAAUUCGAUGUUGUACACCAGCAGCCAAACCUUUAGAAAUGGACGAGAAGAGUAAAAUUCAGACACGCAUCAUGGACACGACAUUGUGGAAUAUGGCUAACUUAGCAUAUUACAUGGGUUAUGGCUGGAGCUAUGGCUGCUAUGGGAUAGCUGUUGGUGAAGAUUUCACAAGAAAUGGCUUCACAUGGGCAGCUGAUACACGCACAGUUUGGAGAAAAUUGUGUAAGGGUGAAAAAAGUGGCGAAAGACUCAACUUGGUUUUCGGAGAUUGGGGAUUUGCCGUCAAGGAAAUUAUUUAUGGAAAAAGUGUCAUAGAAGAUCUUCAAGCAGAAAUUGUAGACUCUGGAGUUCUUUACAAUCAAGUGUCUUCCCCUGUAAAAGAAUCGAUCGAUAGAACUAAGACAAUCCAAGAAACUAUUACACAUUCUACCACUAGUACUUUUACCAACAGUCAUGAACUUGGAAUAGAACUAAACUUUGAGAUUGCGUCAGUCAGCGGCAAGGCUUCUUAUACGACUAAAUUUGAAUUCUCCAAGGCCUCUACCAAUGAAAAGAGUAUUUCUCAAACUGCGGGAUUUACUAAACAAUCAUCAAUUACCCUUAAGCCCAUGGAAGGAGCUAAAUACGAGAUAAUCAUGAGCAAAAGUAGAACAACUGUACCGUACACUGCAAUUAUUACGACCAAGUUUUCUGUAAAAAUGAAAGGUUUUCUGCGUUGGGAAGAUGGUAAUGGUAACUUUCAUCAAAACUACAGAACUAACAGUGGUAGACCAACCUACAAUUAUUGUUUUGGUGACUCCUAUGUUCCAAUGUAUAAAGCUCUUAAAAAGCAAAGCGAUAAUAAUGAAGGUCCUUGGAUGUGGGGAAUGUUAUUUCAAAAGUUUCCUAACGCACGUCAAGUCAUUAACAGACUUACUGAUGAAACUCAAUAUCAAUUUAGUUUAACAGGGAAACUGGAAAAAGUUGAAGGCACAAGUGUUAAUGUGAAGUGGGAGAAAAUUAAAUUAAAUCGCCGUGAUGUCUCAAGUAAGGAUGCGAUUGGAAAAAACAUUACAACUUACAUUGCUGCAUCUGGUCCUGCUGAUAAACCAGCUGUUGUUGAAUACCCCAAGGUUAAUUUAAAUAACAAAGAGCCUUUUAAGCUUUUUCAAAUACCUGUAUCAGGCAUACAAGUUUAAAACUAUAGACAUCAAAAUUUAUCUACUGUAUGUUUCUUUUAAAAUAUCAACAAUUAUUGGCGAUUGAAACAAUAGAUUACAACUGUUUCAAUAUCAGGAUCUAGUUAUUCAGUGACAAGUUCAGUGUAAUAUUGAAGAGACUAAAAAUACUCGAAUAAUUUUUUUCUCUAACAAUAUCUUAUCUUUUCUUAUAAUACAGGUCUAAAAAACAAAACGAAAUCUUACUUAACUUUCAUUGUCUAUUCAAAUUGAAAGUUUUUCCACGUUGGAAUGAAAACAAUCUCCUAUAUAAAAGAAAAUUUAGCUAAAUAAAUGUAUUAAAAAAAGGUUUUUAUAUAGAUGUCCUGCUAAUGUACUAUAUAUUUGUAAGUUACCACUGACUCUUUGAUCAAGACUUUUCUUAAGUCAUCAUACAGAUCUUCAUGAAAUUUCGUUCACAGGUUCCUUUUACCUCCUAGACGCUCACAAAGAACAGUUUUUGAUAGAUUUGCAGCCUGAAGACCGAUAUUCACGAAAAAAGCUAACUUUGUAUUUGUAUUUGUUAAAAUAUUUUCCCAAAAUGUCGCAGGUUCAUUAUGAAGCAUAAAUAGAAAUAUGUAACAAAUUCCGUAAUUUUAAACCAUUUUUAUUUUCCCCAAUGUCUACAUAUAUUUUGUAUACCUUACGUCAUUUCCACUUCUUUCUAGACGUGGUAUAAAUAAAAACUAAACUAACCCUAAUAGCAUUAAUAAGAUAUAUGGGGUGGGCAAAUUACGUCCCACGGGUCACAUGCGGCCCGCGGACUACUGCGAACAUUACAUACAUGCACAGAUUAAAUCUAUAAAAUCUAUAAAAAAUGCAUAUAUUUACAAAUUGUAUAAUUUUAAAUGACUUUAUACUUUUUUAACUUCUCUCAACAAUUUGCAUAUUUAUUAAAGUUCCCCUUUCAGACCUUUCGAUCUAUAGGGUAGAUGAUGUAAAGGUCAUCUGUUUCUGUGGCUUACGGUUAACGAAGGUGUCAUGUGGCCAUCACAACGACCAACCGCCUUUACUUUUCCCCAACUAACGUCAGGUACCCAUUAGAAAUGGGUGGAAUCAGAGGCGCCCAAAUAUCCCAAAGUUUAAAAUCACAGUCUUCACCAAGAUUCGAACCCGGCACCACGGUUCGGAAGCUAAGCG